UUUGUCGUGCCGCUGCGGCACUCGACUGCUCACGCACCACAAACGAUCAUCAUGCCGCCCGCACGACCCUCGAGCUCUCGCCAUGGCUCGCGUCAGCCCCUGCAACCCCAGCCUACGCCACCGAGGAUCGACCCCCCCCACGCCAAAACCCGUCGCGAAGAAGGCAUCAUCGAGGGACUCUAGGCUGCGGGGGAAAGCGAAACUGAGGCCUCCGCCUGCGGUGCCGGUGAAGGACGUCGUGGAAAUAUCCUCGGAAGACGAUAUCUCGCAGCAACAGUCCAUGGAAGAGUUGAAAAGGCAGCUAGAAGACGCAAAAGUUGAGCUCGAACAGCUCAAGAGGGCGAGAACUCUGCCUGCGCUUGUUCAUGUGGCCUCAGCCCCAGCCUCAGCUGAUCUCAUUCAUAAGUUGAACCGUCUGGAAGCCGAGUGCGCGCAGACCAAGGCAUGGAAUAAACGGUUGCUUAAUACACUGGAAAGCCACUUAUCCUGUGAUAUGUGCUAUGAGAAAAUGUGGCAACCAUACUCCCUUGCAUGUGGGCACACCUUCUGCCGCCCUUGUCUGCAGGACUGGUUCAGCACAGAACUGGCAAAGCACAUGGGCACACAUCCGGACUACAGCCCAGUUCCUCAAAUUCCAAGGCAAUACCGCGAGUUCCUGCGGAGGCAUGACCUGCAACCGUAUCAACGCACGCAGCUUAUGCGGCAGAUCCAACGGCUCUACGACAGUGUAGCCCAUCCAGACUACACAUGUCCGACCUGUCGCAAGCCGGUUACCUCAAAGCCAAUCGAGGCGUUCACGGUCAAGAACAUUGUCGCUGUCGUCGCGGAAGCCGAAGCUGAAGAGUCGCGCUUGCAAGGGAAGUCUGUCGCUAGCCCACGACGAGGAGGCGUGUCAAAGUUGCGCGAGGAGAGCCCAUUCUCAGGGUUUUUCCCGGCAGCUGCUGACUUGCUAGCCGGUCAGUAACAUGCCAUGUCUCGAGCUUCAGUUGCUUCGCUUGCAUAAUGCGUAUCUUCUGUCUGUCUGCGUGUCUGAUGUAUU